AUGUUUUCUUCUUCUGUUGACAUCUCUGAUAGUUAUGUGCUUUGCGUUCUCUUUAAGAAAAAUGGGCUUGGACCAAGACAUGGUUCUCAAUAUGGAGCUCCAUAUAAGGACGAGGAUUGGAGUGGUGAUGAAGAAGAAGAUACUCAACACCUUGUAGCUAUUCCUUCUGCAGUAAACGCUGGUCCUGGUCCUGGUCCUAGCAAAGAAACCAGUCUAGUUGCUACGACCUCACAAUCGCACGCUGUUAAAGAUUGUUUAACAGCAGGAGUGAUAUCAGAAUCUUGCGUCUCUGAUGUACCGCCACUAACUGCCACAGUGCUUCCACCUCUAACAAGUGAUGUCGUAGGCUACGCUCCCAUGUCUUCUUCACCUCUUCUUGAGGUUCCCCACGUACCCCACGAUGAUGACGAUGAGUUAAAUUCGAUGCUAGAUCUCUUUUCUGUUGUGAAUGACGAGUGUUUACCUUUCGACGAUUUCGACUACCCGAAUGGGGUAAGAGAUGAGCCUGAUGUUUAUGUAAACGAGGAGGAAGCUCCAGUAGUCUUAGGAGAUGGCAAUUUCAGUGGAAUGUUUGACCUGAGCGACGAGCAGGUCAUGGAGAUGGAGGAUCUGAUACAGCCGCCCACUCCUCCUUCUCCGGACGCUCAAGCCAGUAAUCCCGAUGAAUCAAGAAGCUAACAACGGUCAGAGUUAGGAGCGACCGUUUAGUAUUAUCUUUGUUGCUCUAGUAUGGAAAGAGAGUCCAAACAUAAACAUAUGAAGCAGCUUUUAAUAACCAGAGUGAAGAAUGUUUUCUUCUUCUGUUGACAUCUCUGUCUGCACGAAAAGAAGAGACAAAACAAAAGAAUGAGAGUAACAUGGAAACCGUGAGAGAUGUGUGGAGCCAGCUUUUCUAUGUUAUGUUUCUGCAAAACUAUGUUGUUGUCUGUGUAGUCUUAAAAUUUCAUCAUCAUCUAAUUGUGGGAAAAACCUUUUUGCUUUUUAACUUGUGUAAUAUUCCAUGGAUUCUGAUAGUUUCAACUUUCAAUUAUAAUCAGAAUAAAUCUUAUGUC